AUGUUCUUGAGGAGAGGGUUUGCUUUUACUAGCCCUCAAAAUGUUUUGAGGGCCUGCAGCUUUUGCUCAAAAGCAUUUCCUGGGGGAAGCAUUGGAAGCGAGAAUGAAAGAGUAGCUCAUUCAAAUAGUAUUGCAAAUGGUUCAUCCAGGCCUCAGUUAACUCCAUUGUUCCCUGAUGAUAAACCUCGUUCAGUUGCUUAUGAUAUUGAACUUGUAGAUGACGAUACUUGGGCAGUUUCAUGUGGUUUAGCAAGAGCAUGGGAAGGGAGAGAAAAGGGCUGGUCUGGCCUUGAAAAUAGAUACUCCUUAGAGGAUGAGGCUCAUGACCCAGUUGAUUACUGUGAUUCGGAUUUUGAUGAUAUCGACAACAUGAGAAUACGUGGAAAUCUCUUCUACAAACUUGACCGAGGAUCCAAAGAGUUUGAUGAAUAUAGCCUUGAUUUUCAUAGGAAGAAAAAGUCUAUAAAGGAAAAGGAAAAUAGGGAGAAAAGUAGAAGCAAAGUAAAUGAUAAACUCGAUAAGUGUUUGCCAAGUGGCCAAGUAAAGCUUCCUGAACAUCUGAAGAACAAAUAUGUAAUAGUUGAAAGGGAGAAUGAUGAUGUUGAGAAGAAGCUUAGGACACCCACAUUUAAUCAACUUACCGGUCUUUACCAUGAGCCAUUUUGUCUUGAUAUAUACAUAUCAAAGGCCUCAGUUCGAGCCUGCAUCAUUCACCGAGUGACUAGUAAGGUUGUUGCUGUGGCACAUUCAAUUUCUAAAGACAUGAAAUUUGACCUGACUUCGAGGAAGGAUUCCUCUGCCUGUGCUGCUGUAGGGGCUGUUUUGGCCCAGAGAGCAUUGGCUGAUGAUAUCCACAAUCUGAUAUACACACCAAGAAAAGGUGAGAGGAUAGAAGGGAAGCUUCAAGUUGUGCUUCAGUCUGUUAUUGAUAAUGGGAUUAAUGUUAAGGUAAAAAUUAAGCAGCAAAAGAGACCCAGAAAGUUGGAAGUCCACCUUUAGCAUAGACGGACGAAGAUCAUGAGGUCGCCCUUUUGAUAUCAAAAUGGCAAGCUCAAGUGAGAGUGAACGCAAGGAACCAGUGAAUGAGCAAAUGGUUGCAAACAUGUACGGUGCUUUAAGGUCAGAAUUGAAUCAGAUAUACUCAAAAAUCACAGAACUCGAAAUGGAAGUCAGUGAACAUUCUCUUGUUAUUUCCGCAAUUGAGCCACUUGACCCAUCAAGAAGAUGCUACAGAAUGAUCGGUGGAGUGCUGGUUGAAAGAACUAUCAAAGAGGUCCUGCCGGCUGUCCAACGCAACAAAGAGGGACUCGAGGAGGUUAUUUCAAGACUCCAUGAGGCAUUGGAGAAGAAGAAGAAGGAGAUAUCUGACUUGGAGGCCAAAUACAAGAUCAGGAUUAGAAAGCAUGAUGGUGAGGCUAAGGAGGAAGACAGUGGGCGGAAAGAAGGUGCAGCCCAAGGAGUCUUAGUAGGCCCUGCAGGUGAAAGCUAAAACUCUCAACCCCAUCAUGAACUUUUAUCAUCAUAUUCUUGUAGUUUCAUCCUGAUGGUUCACUGUUAUAAGCAUGUUUGUGUGAAUUUUUGUUUUGACAAACUUCCAGUUCUCAAUAGGAAGAUUCCUGGACUUGUAUGGUAUAUAUAGAUGAUUUUGAGGGGAAAGAAUUGACUUCUCAUUGUUUUGAUUUGAUAUGGAAGUUUUUCCCUCUAGUUUUAGAA